UCUGUUGUCUUUAAAAAAAAUCUUUAACAUAAAGGAAGAAAAAAAAAGUCGUUUUGGUUUGUUGGUUUAAUGAAUCAAAAGUUUGUUCCAUUUGAUCUAGGGUUCCUUCUUCUUUGUGACUCUGUUUUGAUUCCUUAGGGUUUUUUAAAAUUCGAGUUCUGUUUUUUUUUUUUUUUUUUGAGAAAAUGGGUGAUUUGGCUCAGCUUGCUCAGUCUGUGAUCUUAGGUUUAAUUGUUUCUUACCUCUUGGCCAAGCUCAUCUCGAUCGUCGUCACCUUUAAAGAAGACAAUCUCUUCCUUGCUCGCCACUCCGAACCGGAAUCGGAGGUUGACUCCGGCCGCGUCGAGUUUUCUACCGUCGGUGGUGAGGCGGAGCAGGGUAGCUCGAGAGGGGAAGACGAUGAUUGGGAAGGCGUAGAGAGCACGGAACUGGACGAGGCUUUCAGCACUGCUACUCUCUUUGUUACUACAGCCGCCGCUGAUCGGUUGUCGCGGAAGGUGCCUGGUGAUGUCCAGAAGCAGCUUUACGGGUUGUAUAAGAUCGCUACGGAAGGGCCUUGUACUGCUCCUCAGCCUUCUGCUCUCAAACUUACUGCUCGUGCCAAGUGGCAAGCAUGGAGGAAACUGGGUGCUAUGCCCACUGAGGAAGCGAUGGAGAAGUAUAUUGAGAUUGUCACUCAGCUUUAUCCAACUUGGUUACACGGUGGCCUGAAAGCUGGAAGUAGAAAUGAUGCAGGCUCAAGCUCAGGAGGAACCAUGGGGACUGUUUUUAGCUCUUUGGUUUAUGAAGAGGAAUCCCAAAAUGAGUUGUAAGGAAGACUGAUGCCAUCGACGCGUUUGCUAGGGAAGGAGAAGUAGACAGAGAAGCCAUCGCCGAGUUCCUAGUGAAGCAGAAAGCUAACACAGCCUCUAAAGAUGAUGAAGGAAACUCCACCCCUCGAUCUCUGUGAAUCAGACUGGCCCUGGUUCCGAAGCAGACAGACUAAACACAAAAACUAACCGCGGAGAUGCCGCAUUGUAUAUGAUGAAGUGACUUAAGUAAAAAAGCUUUUUUCUUUUAUUUCGACUCUCACUUACCAUGUCGUUUCCAACAGUGAGUCACUUGGAUGUUUCAAAGUCUUGUCCUUUUUAAAUCUCUUCUUUUUCUUAUAUUACAACAAUCUUUUGCUGUAUAAAGAGGGUUUUUUCUUGUCAUUAUUGGAUUCUCAGGAAAUGAGUAACCGA